CGAAUCGCGCGAGAGACCGCGAGAAUUCGAAUCUGGACAGGCAGAGCGACUCGCGUAUGCGUGCGAUCGCGCCUGUGAGUUAAGGUCGUCCGCUAUCUGAAUGCGACAGAGUGAGAGAGAGAGAGAGAGAGAGUGAGCGCGCGCCAGAAGUGGGGACAGGCGUAUCUGCUUCAGACGCGGAGUGGCUGCCGCUGCUCGCUGCUCCUCUCAAUUAAGGAAAUAACACGCUCGCGCCGAGCCAGCAGCAGCGCGCACUCGCUUUCGCGCGGACACGGUCGUUUGCGAGCAAGGAUCGCCAUCCCGGGGGAGACAGGAUGAUGAUGACGGAGGAUCUGCCGCGGAUGAGGCCGCUGUCACCGGGUAGCCAAGUCCUACCCGAAGCCAAGCGUCUGCGGACCAGCGGCGGCGGUAGCGGCAGCGGCUCCGACAGCUCCGGCGAGCCCGAGACGUGUGUCAGCGAGCGCGCCUUCGAAGGCAAGAGCGGGAAAUUCAAAAGGAUCCGAGGUUAUUUUGGAGUGCUGUGCGAGAGCGGAAGGAAAAAAAAAGAGAGUGAGAAGUGGGAGUCGCAUGUGGAGACACCGCCUCUGUGCUGCCGACUGGCUUUUCAACUCCACAAAACUAGCAUUCGCGUGGUGACCGCCCGGCCUGUCUGAUCAGCUGAUCCUAUACGCAUACAAUACAAUAAGCAGGUGCUGGAAAAUUAACAACUUCAUGUGAUAAGAAUUCAAAGUAAAAGUGUUUUUUCAUCGAGAAAGUGCAAAGGAGAAACAUUUUCCAAAAUGUUUCACAAACUCAUAGUGGUCAAUAUGAGAGCGAAACCACUGUGACAAAAAACAAAUUUAGUAAUAAUUUUAGAAACCUUUGGUGUCUGUGAUAAAAAAAGUUUAUCUAGAUACAAGGACUAUUUUAUAUAAAUAAUAUCAAGUUAAGUUGCACAAGUGUAUUUCUGUGAUAGUUUUCAACUAAUAAGUUUAUAAUACAACUGACAAACACAACAUGCUCAACCUCAAGAAAUUCUACAGUGAUGAGCUGCUUCAACUUGCUCUGAUACUCUCAUUAUUGAGAGUAGAUCCUGACUCAUAUCUUGGCCUAGAUAUACAAACCAUAGGAGUUGGUUCAUUGGAUCUGAACAAUGGUUCUGGUUGGCAUACUGAUUCGCAUACUAUAGUUCAUAGGCCAGCUUUCGUACAUCCCAAAAAUCUUGACUCCAUACUACUCAACUAUGAGAGAGAUUUGUUUGAAGACUUGAAUGCUUUAGGCAGAUACAAUAGAAUAAAUGCAGCGCACAAUGACAUUCAUGCAUACUUACUGAACAUUGAUGACAAAGCUGGUCCAAGUGCUGCUGUCAACAAUGCCACUGAUGAUGCACGGAAUACCACCUCACCGGAUCCGCCACAACCUUCGCAGACAACCAAUGACAGCUUUGGACCUGCUGAGCUCACCCAAGAGGACAUGGAUUUGAUCGAGGUGCUGUGGAAACAGGACGUCGACCUGGGUUUCACACUUGUCGAUCCCGCGAAAAACUCAGCCUCCACUUCGAAAAAAGAGUCCGAGGACGACCUUGAGAAGCUCAAAGCUUUACAAGCCAUCAACCAUGCUGACGAGAAGGAGCCGAAAAUUAAGGAAGAGCCGCCCCAAGGAGGAGGACCCGUGGGCUGGAAUCCCUUUACACCGUCGAUCUGGAAACCGGCGAGUACAUCUUAAGCACAGCAAGUGCAAAUUCGCCAACGUCGGAGACAACAACAACAACAACAACAACAGCGGACGCGGUCGUAGCUCCGUCGUCGACGUCGUUGUCGUCCCCGUCAACCAAGCAAGACGAAGAUCAAGAG